AUGUAUUAAAUGUAAAUCUUUAUUAUGGGAUUUAAUAUAAGAUUUGUUCUUAUAUGUGUGUCAUUAUUCAUUAUUAUACCUCGUGCUGAAGCCGAUAAUCAGUAUUUAGACCUAAAUAUAUCUGACCCUGGUGAUCAUUUUUAUGAACUAAACUCUGUAAAUUAUAAAACUAUACUAUUAAAAGAAGAUCAUUCGAAUUCGGGAAAAUGUGCUGGUAAAGUGUCGGACGGAUCUAUCAAAAUUUUGGGACAGCCUGAAUCUAAUGUUAAGAGAAGAUUUGUUAUUAUUUUAAAGGUUCCAAAGGGAGGAGAUUAUAAUCCGGAAUUGGAGGAUGUAUUUAAAAGUAGCGGAGAAGUUGCAUCUACUACUGUGGAGUCAAAUUUUGAACAGAUAGUUGAGGUCCAUACAGUAUUUAGCCACUCAAAAUUGGUAGAUAGAUUCAGGAAAAAUGCAGAAAACGAAUAUGAGAGAUUUGAAUACGAUAAAGUUGAUCUUGAUAUUUGUGGAGAUAUAGAAAAUCCAGUAGAAAUACGUGGAAAGAGCUAUUUUAAUAUCGCAAAUUUUAAAACCGUAGGAGCAAUAAAAUGUAAAGAUACACUGUUGUUGGAUAGCCUAAAUGUAUUUUAUAGAGCUGUAAUGAUUCAAGGCAAUUCUUUUUUUGUAAAAACUGUCCCUAAGUUUGGUCUUUUGAACCAAGAAACAUUUAUCGUUGACAAGAACAAAGAAUAUGCAGUUAGGAAAUCGCAUAUGUUUACAACUGUUAGCUUUAACCCAUCGAAACCAAAAAGUUACGCUAAAAUCGCCUCUAGGUGUGGCAAUGACUGCCUUUUCUUUGAUGGGUGUAACGAGAAUUUAAGACUAAUUGACGUGGUUGAAGAUUCAAAUGAGUCAGAAUCUGGGUCUAAACAGAAUAUUCAGUAUGUAUAUAAAAACCACAAUAGUUUAUGUAUUUCUGUAAAGUCUGAAGAGAUAAGAGGCGACAAGUAUUUGACUAUCUUUGACCUUCAAAAGAACUCUGAAAUGUACAAUGUUAAAGUUUUAAAAAAAACUGAAAAUGGAUAUGUCAAUCAUGAGAAAAAACUAAUUGAUUUGAAUGUAACCAAUUUAACCGAUCCAAAGCCUGUGGAAGAGCACUCUUACAAGCAUCUGCUGGAAAAACAAGGAGAAGGAGGUAAAAUUAGAGUAACUGGAAAGGAUAUAGAUUUCAGAAUUGGGAAGGUUUACUUUAAGGAAAAUCUUGUGAUAGAAGAAGGGGAUGGAGUUUUUAACAGGGAAGUCUACUCUUGUAAGGAGGGCAUUCUAGUCAGAGACGAGUGUUAUAAUGGAGAGUUUAAAAAGUAUUUAUUUAAACCUGAAAAUCCACCUAAAACCAGUACCAAUGGACAGGGUGGCUCAACAAAUAGUGAAGCUACCACAUCCGGUGGAACCAGUUCAAACGAACAGGUUAAUUCACCCAGUAGUGAACCUACUAAGUUAAAAUUAUCCGUUGAAGACCCAGUUAAAGUUGAUUUACAUAUAAUUACAGCCCACGUUACUAAGUAUUUGACUGACUCUAAAAAUAACCUGUUCGUAAAGCCGAGCACGUUCCUGGAUAAGCUGGGGAGCUUGAGCUACGAUACAGUGAAUUUUUGGCCAAACAAGUUCUUCGUUUCAAGACAGUACUUGAUAAUGGAUGAUAAGCAUAUGAAGCUCCAUUCAGUAACGAGGAAAGGGUUUAGCUUUUUCGAAUCCUUUACAAUGGUUCACUCGCUCAAGAGGAACGACCAAGUCUUCGUGACUAAGGGUAAGGAACCCGUCCAGUUUGACAUUUCACUUUUUUACGAUGCCUUGAGCAGGAAUGACUUUUCCCAAUUAUCCAACUUUGAUAUAUGUGACUUAGGCGACUACUACUUAGUGGGGGUUAAUUACAAGAAACUAUUCACUCGCGUUAUUGGUAACGUAUCUCUAGGAGAAGAUGGAGUAAUUACACCUUUUGACAUGGAUUUGACUUCAAGGUUUAUCGUACUGCCAAAAUCAACCCAGUCGUACGUUAUUCUCAAGGACUGUGAUCACUCGGACUGCUGGUUAAAGCUAUAUGCCGAGAGAUCAAAGGAGGGAGUUAUGGGUAUAGAAAUACAACAAAAACAGUCGAACACGCUAGACUUGGCAAAACUCUAUGAAAACGCUCCAAAGGCUACCCAAGAGGACGGUAAUGCUACUCCUGUGGGAAACUCUAGGGUAUUUUUUUUCGACCAGUUUAUAGUAUUUAACUUCGGAAUAGUGUACAAUGUAAGAGUAAAGGACGAAUUGACACAGAAAAUCGGGAAAGUUGUUUAUGGAGAUAAAGUCAUAGCUGAAGAUGAUGAUUUAGUCUUCACCAGAAUGGUUAACGUUGCCUCAAACGAGAAAAAAGGUACUCUAAGGAUUCUCAAUAUAGAAAGGUGGGAUAAGUCGACAAAACUAUACGAAUACUCUUAUGACAGUGAUGCUAAUGAGUUCACAGUUAGUGAGAAGGGGAAAACAGAUAUGGUUGUGGAUAUUGAGCCCCUGGCAAGGAAUAACACACUUCUAAAUGUAACUGAACAUGAGGAAGUUUUAAGCUACAGUGUGCCCUGGAACGUUAGAGAUGAUCACUCGUUUAAGGAGAUCAAAUAUUCUGAAUACGAUUAUAAUAAUAAGAAGUUCAAUUCCAAAAGUGUUAAAGAUGAUAUGUCUGAAUCACCUCUUUUCGUUCGCUUACACAGAGAUCCUGAUGGUAGUAGCUCAGGAAAUAAAGUUGUUCUAGUGGUUGAAAAUCACCCAGAAAAGAAAGAGGCUGAAAAUAACCAAUUUUUUAAACCCAAAAAUGCAGCAAGUAAGGGAAUGAUCCUAAAAUAUGAUAUUGGUGAUAAUUCCUCCGAAAAAAUAAAUGAGUUUAACAGAGACAGUUAUCACAGGAGAAAUUAUACCUCUCAUCAUCAUCCGUUUGAAACUGAACCUUAGGACCACUCCUUAAAUUUUUAAUGUAAAAUAUUAUGUUAAUAUUAUUAUAAAUGUA